GGAGAUGAUGAAGAAGAGAAAGGAGAAGAGGAGGAGGAGGAGGAGGUUCAGGAUAGUGAAAGUGAUAAUAAUGAUGACUCUUUGUGGACUUGUCCUGAUUGUUCAGUAAAGAAUGAUAUCAAUACUAACAAGUGUGUAGCUUGUGAAGCAGCUCGUCCAAAUAAAAAUUGAAGGAAGAAUUUGUUUAAUCAUUUUUGAUCGAUUAGUUGUAGUGUUUAUUUUAAUUUGAUUUUGCAUGCAUUUAUUUUGUGUUCUACUUGUCCUUCUAUUCACAUCAUUUUUGCUAAUUACUACUGUGAGAAAUUAAUUUUAAUAGUGUUAAUGCUCACACACGUGUUUGCACAUGGAUAGUUAUUUUUGUUGAAGCUGUCCUGCGGUUAAAAUUAUUAAAGGCCUUUAGCCUUUCAAGUUUCAACUUGUAGAAUAACAGUAUGUUAUUGUAAUGUAAUGGUUCACGUGAGCUGAGUUCCUGUUUAUAAUAAUGGCAGCUAGUGAUGGACUGAUGUCUUGUAAAAGAAAGGAUUUUUCAGCAGGACAGUCUGAAUAUUAUCCAAUAAGCUGCCCUCGAGUUGACAAAGAAGAACCAAUAUUCAUAGAGCAACCUUCUGAUAGAUACAAUUGUCUAAUAUGUCAUUGCGUGAUGAGAGAGCCUCAUAUCGUCACAUGCUGCUCUAGGAAAAUGUGUCGUGACUGUAUACAGCGUGUAAAUAUUUCUGGUCAACCUUGUCCCCAUUGUCGUGAGCCUAAUUUCAGUAGUUUUUUAGAGAAGCAGCUCAACGGUGAGAUACUAGAUUUGAAGGUUCGUUGUACACACCACAAGAAUGGAUGUGAGUGGGUGGGAGAGUUAAGAGAUCUAAAGAAUCAUACCGAUUCCAGUUGCAAGUUUGCUAAAGUAAAGUGUCCUUUUGGUUGCUCCGUGGCUUAUCUUCAUAAAGAUGCAAUGAAUCACGAAUCAGUCUGUACUAAUCUCCCACCGGAGAUGCAUAUUAAGAGAACAAUGAAGGAAACUGAUCAAUUUAAAGAAGAGUUACAAGCUACGUUGAAUCGAUUUCAAGAGCUGUAUGAAUCAGAAUCAGCACGUGUUAAAGAGCUAACCACUCAACUUGAGGGUCUGAAAGCAAGUCACAGAAGAGAGCAGCAAGAAUUGAAGAUUCAGUUUCAGGCAGAGAAGAAGCAGCUACUAGAAGAAUCUAAGGAACAGGUUAUGCUGCUAAUAAAGAGCUUAAGAGCUGAAUUUACUCAAGCAAUGAACAGAUCUCUGACAAUAAAAAAUGAAGAGCUGAAAGAAUCAUACAAUGGUGCACCUGUGACUACUUCAGCUAGAUUCCUUUCUCCUUCACCUACACACACUCCUGCCACUACUCCUAUUAGUUCCUUUGUUGCUUCAAGUGGUUCUAGUACUAUUCAUUAUCGUUCUCCUCUUUCUAUCAGUAGUACGUCAACAGGUACUGCCUCUGGUAUUAGAACAACUGCAGGCAGUGCUGCACCAUUAUAUGUAGGAGCAAGCCAAAUAAUGCCAACUUAUAUUGGAAGAACGAAGGUGUCAACUCAUCAGUUAGCUCCUGCUUCUACUGGAGCACCAUUGCCUCAAUAUUCAUCUUCUAAUACAGGGCCAAUGCAGACACCAUUUCCUUUAGUAACUCCUCCAUUUUCAGCUUCAUCUGCAGUUCGUCCUCAAUUACCUUUUCAGUUACCAAGCACUACUCUGUUUAAAAGAGUACCUAGUACACCAGUGCCUCAGUUAAUACCGACUACUCUUCCAUUAAAAGGCUCUACUGGUACUGCUACAGCAACUACUUGCUUAACUACUACUACAACUACUGCGUCUGCUGUUUCACAGUUCAAUGCAGUUUCUACAACUAGUUCAGUCUUUACACUGUCCUCUACACCUCAAAUAUCAUUCGCUACUUCAACAGCCAAACCAUCCUUCAAUGCUAUGCCUACUGCUCCUACUAAUUUUGUAUUUGGAAAAGCACCACUAAAAAGUAGACCUCGUGUGUCAUCAAAAGGGUCUUCAGGUCUCAAUAUUGGUAGUAGAGGAAGUGGAGGAAAGGGACUUGCAUUGUCACCAACAGUGGAAGAGGAAGAGAAACAAAAACAGCGACAAAUUCCAGUACAGAGUGAGUCCACUAGUCAAGCAUUUCAGACAGGUACUGGACAAAAGGCAACUCCUUCAUCAUUCUUAUUCACAGCACAACCAGGUGGCUUCACUUUUAAAAAACCUGUCGAAGAGGCCAGAAAUGCCAGUGUUAGUUCUAAGAAAGAAGAAGAUAAAGCAGAAACACUAGAAUCAAUCCCUAUUGGAGAAGAAAAUGAGCGAGUAAUGUUUUGGGAGCAGGGAA